AUGAGCGAUUCUACAAGCGCCGUUUAUCAUGGACUGGAAAAUUUCGUCCUUGAUCCUAUCGGUGUCGCGCUCCAGGCGACCAUUGGCGAUGAGCAGACCGCCUACAACGACCCUGAAAAGCAGGAGCGUGCGUCUCUCUUUGAGUCAAGGACCAUCGACAUCUGGGAAUCAGAUGAAGGGGCCGAUGUUUUCCCCCGAAACUAUCCGAUAUCUCGCAGACUCCCUGAGGGUUUGUUUGAGGCCUUCCACCCUCAAGUUCCAAAGGGACGACGUCUGGCACUGAGACUGUUGUUGACGAGGCCGGUUCUGGGGAGCAGCCAGUAUGCACGCAUUGAUGAUCUUCGACGUGUUGGGGAUAGACAAAUCAACUAUCUACCAUUUACUGCGACCGAGAUGCAGAGAUUAAUCCGACAGUGGGACCUCAAUCCGGAGUAUGUCUGGAUGAGACUCAACUCUCGCGAAGUCGGUAAUUUCUACCGCAAGACUUCGUGGAAUUUCGAUCUCGAGAACCCAGAAGCUCAACGUAUGGGUAAGUCUCUCAUAAUUCCUCUCCCUCUCCAGGUCACAGCACGCAAAUCAUUGCUAUCAAAGCUCAAGAUUUCAAUAGCACUCGUCAUACAUUUCCCAUUCGUGCUUCGCCCGGCUCGAAGAGUGAAGUAUUUCGCCGACCAUACUCAAGGUAGUCUACUCCCAUCUCGCCGGACGGCUAAGUCGGACUACAACCCGCGUCGUGAUGAUCCGUUCAUUUGGUCCUUCGCGAUGUCACACUCACUACUGAACGGCAAAACAAGAGGCAUCCUUGACGGCGUUACCGAUUUCGCCUUUGGUGAUGUGAUGCGACGCCUGCAAGAAACGAGAGAACCAUAUUAUGCACACCCACUCAAUGUGCCGGUGGUGUUGCUUAACAUUUUUUUCGACCACAUUGCCUGGGAAAUCAGCAGGCUUUGCGUAGCCGUCCGAGAGUUUGAGAUCCUUUCACGUGACGCACAAAUCAGUUCCUUGGAAGACUUCGAUACCAUCACGACCGAACUCCAAUAUGCGCGGCGAUCUCUAGACUUCCAGUUGUCGUUGUCGAAGUUCCUGCUCGAGACCUCCAAGUUUCUCGAAGAAAAGAUCUUUGCGAGAACGGUGAUGAGCCGUGAUGGCGGCAUGGCCGAGCAAUAUAGGAAAUAUGUGUUUCAGACCAACCCUCACAUUGAGGAGAAGUUGAACAAUAUCCAAAAUCUGAUUGAGAAUAAUCUCUCGACAUGCCAAUAUUUGCAGUCCAGAACAAGGGAUGCACUUGACUAUAUCAAGGGACAAAUAGCGUGGUACGAUAGUCGAUCUUCCAAGGACGAUGCCGAAAGUAACAAAACCAUGUCUUUCCUGCAAAUGGUAUUUCUGCCCUCGACCUUUGUGGCAGCAAUAAUAUCGAUGAACUUCUUCUCCUUCGACGAGAACCCACCCAAAGUAUCCGGGUACAUUUGGAUCUUCUUCGUCGUGGCACUAGCUCUGACAGCCAGCGUGAUUGCGAUUUAUUUCCUAUGGAAGAAGCGGAGCCAGGCGAAAGAGGACAAGGCCGAAACAAGACAGCUGAAACAGAAGGAAGAAUGGCUUGCCGCGAGGGGUGACGCGGGCUCCGAACCAAGCGAUGCGCCGGGCGAUGACAGCUAUGACGAACGCGGUCACGGGAAGAGACGCAAGAGGAGGAGACCGAAAGUCUCUAAGCAUAUUGAUGGCGAAGACGGUACUCUGGGUAACGUUCAUACCAGAGAGAAGUAA